AUGUUGUGGCUGCUUCUAUUAAUUCCGCUUGGCCACUCAACGUCUCGACUACCGUUGCACGAGAGCAUAGGAUCGAAUAGUCCCGGUUACAAGAUCGCCUCUAGAAUCCUUACAGCAUCUAUUAACUUCUCGGUUGAUCCAUGUGUGAACUUCUUUGAAUUCGCUUGUGGGAACUGGAAAGCCGAACACCCAAUUCCAAGUCAUAAGACCAGCUACUCUCAGUUUAUCGUCUUGUUCGACAAAGUCCAAGCGGAAAUGAAAAGUAGUAAUUUUAGUUUUCAAAAUGGACCUCCUACUAUAAUUUAUAACGGUGUUAAUAAGGGACGUAGUAGACGCGGUCCUGAGAUGAAGAUUCAGAGCUAUGGCGAAUGGCCAAUGCUGGAAGGAAACAAGUGGCGUGCCGAUCAGUUUGAUUUGACAACGCUUCUUAUCAACAUCGCAGCGUUCGACCAAGGAGAACUUGGCUUGGGUGCUUCUACUCGUGAUUACUAUUUGGACAGAAAAAAGCAUGGGAAAAAAAUCGCUGCCUACAGUGAAUACCUCAUCAGCAAGGUAAAACUCUUUCACGAAGACGCCGGUCUUCCUAUAAAUGAAAAGAAAAUUACAAGCGAUGUGGAUGAGAUCAUCCAACUGGAAACCGAGCUGGCGAAAAUCUUGGUAGCCGAGGAGGAUCGAAGGAAUUACACUAAAAUGUACAAUCUGAGACACCUCAGUGAUAUGCAAACACUCAUGCCUUUGGUUGACUGGACCAGAUAUUUCCAUUCCAUUGCGCCAUUUUCACUUAACAAGUAUCUGGCUAGUGACCCGCAAAUACUCAUAACAGAAAUCGAUUUCAUGAAAAGAGUUAGCCGUUUGAUAAACUCGACAGAUCCAAGGAUUAUCACAAAUUAUGCCUACCUUUCGUAUGCCUCCAGUUGGGGCGGCGAGCUAGGUGAGCGAUAUGAGGACAUCGCUCAGGCAUCGAAAAACGUGACACUUGAGAUGGUAAACGAUCUACAAGAUGCAUUCCACAACAUGGUGGUUGAUAGUGAUUGGAUGGAUGAGACAACGAAAGCCAGAGCGCUUGACAAAGCGGGGAAAAUGCUACGACAAAUUGGUUAUCCAGAGUUCAUACUCGACGAGGAAAAGCUGGACGAUUAUUACAGUGGGCUGCUCAUCGAGGAAUCGGAUUCUUAUAGUCAAAUGGUUGAAAAGUUGACUCGAUGGGGUAUCGAGUUCCACUUUAAACGUCUUAUGAAGCCUGUCGAUAGGACUGAAUACAAUUUCAAUCCGGCUGUCGUGAACGCUUUUUACUCAUCCACGUCAAAUUCUAUCAGAAUUUAUGAAAUGCCGCAUGCUCAUCAACACAAAAGCAAGCAAAGCACAAUCUGCCGAUCUAAUUUCAGAGCACUGAACUAUGGAGGAAUUGGAGCGGUGAUUGGACAUGAGAUCACUCAUGGAUUUGAUGAUGAAGGUAGACAAUUCGAUGCCGUCGGAAAUCUGCGAGACUGGUGGGACGGCGAAGUGCAGAACAAGUUCAAAAAGCGUGCGCAGUGCAUCAUUGACCAGUAUGACAAGAUAGAGGUUCCUGGAACUGACCUACACGUCAAGGGUAAGCUAACACAAGGAGAAAAUAUCGCCGAUAACGGUGGAGUAAAGCAAGCGCUCAAGGCGUACAGAAAUUAUCUGAAGAAAUUUGGAGAAGAAGAACGCAUUAAGGGAUUGGAAAAAUACAAUAAUGAGCAGAUGUUCUUCAUAGGAUAUGCUACGGUAAGAAAUAAUUCACAGAUCUGGUGUGGCCAUUCGACAGCUGACUCCUUGAUCAACCUCAUUCUCACCGAUCCUCAUGCUCCUCAACAAUAUCGUGUGAAUCAAGUGCUUGCAAAUCAACCAGAAUUCGCCGCCGCAUUCAACUGCGGUGUUGGUACACCAAUGAAUCCAACGAAGCGUUGCGCUGUUUGGUAA